GCUCGGGCUCGAGAUUUAGAUCGUGUCGGAGACGAAAAACAACAACAAAAAGAUGGAGGAAAGUUUGGCGCCAGUCGAAAAUUCAGGUGAAGACGUUUUAUCCAUGAUUGACGUUUUAAAAGAAGAAAAUGAAUUAGAAGAAGAAGCAAAUGCAGUCUUGGGAGACAGUGACGAUCAAAACUGCACUUAUCCAAUGGGUUAUGUCUCACGACAAGCUUUAUAUGCUUGUGCAACUUGUGACCCAGAAACGUCAGCAGGAGUUUGUCUAGCUUGUUGCUUGGAGUGCCACGAGGGACACGAACUGUUCGAGUUGUACACCAAAAGAAAUUUUCGCUGUGAUUGUGGUAACAGCAAGUUUGGAGGAAAGAAGUGCAAAUUGUACCCUGGAAAAGAUGACACAAAUGCCAAGAACCAUUACAACCAGAACUUCAAGGGACUGUACUGUACGUGUCAUCGUCCUUACCCAGACCCAGAGGAUGAGGUGGAAGAUGAAAUGAUUCAGUGUGUGAUUUGUGAAGACUGGUACCACGGAAGACACCUAGGCACAGACUCCCUACCAUCUUGUGAGAGCUAUUCAGAAGUAGUGUGUGCAGACUGCAUGAAGAAAAAUGACUUCCUGUGGGCCUACUCUGUUCAGAGUCAAGAAACAAAGAGUUUAGUGAAAGAGGAAAUAAAGUCAGAGGUUGAUGUAGGGGAGAACUGUCCAAGCCAAGAACAGAACAAAGUAGACGAUAAGACUGAUCAGGCAUCAGUUCAAAAAGCAGAAAGUGACAAAAGCUGUCUCCUUGUGGAUCUACAGAAGAGGGAAGUGAAUGUCAAAGAAAGUGGAGCAUUCUGGAAGGAUGGUUGGAGGAAGAAGCUUUGUAGAUGUGCAAACUGUAUGGCAAUGUACAAAGAGAGGAGCCUAGAGUUCCUGAUAGACGAAUCGGACACAGUCCAUAACUACGAACAAAGGGGACGGGACAAAACAGCUUCCUCCCAGUACGAGAAAGGAAUGCAGGCUCUUUCCUCAAUGAACAGGGUGCAACAAGUUGAAGUCCUACAUGGGUUUAAUGAUCUAAAGUCCGAGUUGACGGACUACUUGAAGAAGUUUGCAGAAAAUGGAAAGGUUGUCAAAGAGGAAGACAUCCGAGAGUUCUUUUCUGGAAUGGAAGCAAGGAAACGCCAGAGGACUACGGGACCAAUGCCGUUUAUGUGUAAAUAAUGGAGACAAACUUACAAGUCAUACAUUUCAGAGGUUUCUGACAAUUUUGUGUACAUUUCAAGAGGAAAUGUCAAAACUUUGCUCUGUCUAAUUUUUUUUUUUUUUUUUUAAGUAAAACUUUUAAUUAUUAUUCCAUGUUUUUUAACACUACAAAAUAAUUUACAUUAUGAUUUUUUUAAUUUCCAAGCAAUGAAAUUUUUUUUUGGUAUUUACAAGCAAUGGAAUUUAUUUCAAAUCUCGCUUGAUUUUUGAAUGCUUUUAUGAUAUAUCUAAACAACUGUAUCAGUUGUAUAGUAGUAAAAUAUAAUUUGUGGAUUUUGAAAUAAGAACUCAAGCACACAGAGAAUGAAAAAAAAAACGCUACAUAGAAUAUUACAAACACGUGUGUAGUGUUCUAUUACUGUUUUCAAAAUGCCAUUUAUUUCUAAUUGUUUAUCUUGCACUUUAAGCCUAGACGUUGUGAAGAUCAUUAUGGAAAAAACCCCACAUUUAUAUCUUUAAACGGUCUUUAAUCCAAAAAGAAAUAAAUUGUUAUGUACGCUGAUGCACUAGAUUAACUUGUUAUUAAAAUGAUGCCAUCCUGUAAGUGGAUAGAUCAUGUGUAUAAUUGUCAUUAAUUGAUGUUGGUCUUUUGUAAUAAGAAACAUUUUUUUUUAUGCUAAAAGAUACAAUGACCUUCUGAUUAUUGUAUCAUUAUAGUGUCCAUCAUUGAAAAAAAAUAAGCAUUGGAUAUGCUAGCAUAGCUCUCUUUGAUUUAUUAUAUCAGUAGUUAAAGAUUGAAACAUUUUGACAGUCCAUUUAAUAUACCUUUGACCAUCAUAAUUAUGGCAAUCAUUUUGUUCUAUUUAUAAAUUUUUGUCAAUAUUAUCAAGAAAUACAUUUUUCGUCAUUGAUAAAUUAUGAAACUUUA